AUGGCACCGCCACUUCCCAAGGAAGCGCUGUCAAAAGAUGAGAAGGUCGCUUCCAUUGGCCUGGCCGCCGAGGCAUUCCGGCCCCUGAUGCGCGAGUUGCAGCAGCUGGAUGAUCAAAACCCAGUCCUUGCAGAGCAAGCCGCGCGACUGGUGGCCCUCUUCCGGCGCCUCUGGGAAUCGUACGUCGCGCAGCAUGCCGAGAGCUCGCGCCUCGAGAAGGAAAUCAGUCAGAUGCAGAUCGCCCACGCCUGCCUUGUCGACGAAAACACCCAGUUGAACCGUCGCUGCCAGGACGAGGAGGCCCGCUUGUGCCACUUUCGAGCAGCGAUCCAAAAAUUACGGAAAGGUGUGAUUGACGUGUUUGAAAAGUGGGAGAAUUUCCAGAUGACGGAAGCUCCGGCAGCGGGCGGUGCGGACGGACCGACGCAGGAGGAGGAGAACGUGGCAGUCAUUGUGUCCGCCGUGCAUGCCCAAGGGGACCAAGGCACCAGCGCUUCACAAUAG